GACGAAUUAAAAUCUUAAAAAAUAAUUAGACUGAAAAACUGCACAUGAAAGAAAAGCAACUUACGUCACGAUAAAGAAACAUGGUUCUGAUAAUAACAAUGACAUUUGAAUGUUGACAUUUCUAAAUCCUGACAAUGUUGUUCUUUUGUUUUGAGGAAACACAACAACCUUUUUUUGUUACUUUUCUUUAUUAUUCUUUUUUCGUAGUUAUUUUUUCUCUCUUAUCCUUAUGCUUUCAUCCAAAAAGUUUUUCAGUUUUUCAUCAGCUGCAAUUUAACCCCAUUACCAGUAGGUGGUAGCAACGUGUUAGUACGACAUCUUCAGAGAAGAGCCGCUGAAGAGAAAGACGCCCGCACGCGUGCGCAGAAGAUCCGUGUGACCGUUUACUGGCGCUGCUCAAAAAUGAAUGGAGAAGGAACGUAGUGUGAAGAACCGUGUUCUUCUAAGUAAACGUUCUUUGUUUACUAACAGUUCCAGGUCCGUGCUGUGGAGUUCUUUACUCUGUAAGCCUGGUUGCUGCUAACACCAGCUAGCACCAGCUACCACAAACAGAAAGAUGGCGGCGCUGUGGAGUGACUUCGACAGAGAGACACUGAGAGAAACGAAGAACCUGAUCAGGUGUAUCUGUGGAGAGGAGGACGAAGAGGAGGACAACUUCCAGCUGGCUCUCAGGUUCACCUGCUCCAACUUCCGUUUUCAUCGUUUCCUGGACGUGGACAGUCACAGAGUUCAGCGCAGCAUCACUGGUAUCUACAUGAAGCUGAUGGUUCACUCGGAGCUGAACAAAGCAGAGAGUUGGAUGAAGCUGACGGAGGAGUUUCUGACGUCACCUUUACCAAACACUGAGGGAACCAAGACUGAUGUUCACUUCAGUCUUCUGUCUCUGCUCCUCCACCUGUCAGACUCACCUUCCAACACAGACUUCACUGAGAGACCCCGGCUGAAGGAGGCGGAAGCCGUGGACACCUUUGACUGGGGUAAAUAUCUGAUGGAGGGUGAAGACGUGGACGCCGGCCCGUAUCCUGACACGCCAGAGUGGUCUGAGGAGGAGAGUGAAGAAGACGACAGCCAACAGCCAAUCAGCAGAGAGGAUUCUGGGAUACAGUUGGACAGAACACCACAGGAGGAGCAGCAGGACAACAACAAAACAGUUCCAGUUACAUGGACUGUGGGGGAGCCGGACGCUCGUGCCUGGUUGGAGCAGCACUUGGUCACGCCCUACUGGGUGGCCCACGCCCCUCGCUUCCCUCACAGCCUACAUUUACACUCCAACCUGCUCAACGUGUGGGACCAGCACUUGUACAACACCGAUCCUCUUUAUCUGCCAGAGGAAAAAGCCUUCGUCACAGAGACUCAGGUCAUCCGAGAAACCUUGUGGCUCCUGUCUGGGAUCAGGAAGCACUUCAUUUUCCAGCACCACGAUGGAAAAGUGUGUGUCCGGAAUAACGUGGUGGUCACUCAUCUGACCAGUAACUGCCUGCACUCGGUGCUGGAGCACAUCUCUGUGUACGGUCAGGCCGUCUUCAGGCUGCAGAGGUUCAUCGAUGAGGUGACGGGCCACAGCUCAGAGCCCGGUCCACCCGGCGCCGGACCCGGCGCCGGACCUGCCCACAGCUCAAAAAAAAGCUCGGAGCCCCCGUUCAGGACGUACCAGGCCUUUGUUUGGGCCCUGAACAAGUUCUUCAGCAGCUUCAGAGAGGAGCUGAACUCCAUGGAGAAGGAGCUGAUACACAAUGAGGAGACGGUGACCUUGUCGGCCGUUCUGGAUCGACUCAGUCCUUACCUGGGUCAGAUCGCAGUCCUGCACAGAGUCUUUUGCACCGGUGUGGCUGAAGUUCCGGCCCAGACACCAAACGUGGUCCGAGCUUCACAUCUGCUCAACACACUGUACAAGGCCAUCAUCGAGUACGACAGCGUGGGAGAAGCUUCAGAGCAGACGGUGGCGCUGUUGUUCUCUCUGUGGACAGAGACAGUUAGACCGUACUUGGAGAUUGUGGAUGAAUGGAUCGUUCACGGACAUUUGUUCGAUCCGGCCAAAGAGUUCAUCAUCCAGAGGAACAAAGACGUCCCGGUGAACCACAGGGACUUCUGGUACGCCACCUACACCCUGUACAGCGUGUCAGAGACGGUGGAGAACGAGGAGAAGCUGAACGACUCGGCCAGCGGGAGCUCAGCAGGAGAUCAGGGCUCAGGCUGCAGCGGGCGUCAGCUCACCAUGGUCUCCUUCCUCAAACCUGUCCUCAAACAGAUCAUCAUGGCAGGAAAGUCCAUGCAGCUGAUGAAGAACCUGGAGGCUGAGCAGACGCACACACGCUCCACCAGAGAUGCAGACACAGAGAGGAGGAGGAGUCUGUACAGCCUGUUUCUCCAGUCGGUGCAGUCCUGCCUCCGCAGCCCAGAAGAGUCUUCACCAGACGAGUUGAACCAUCAGCAGGUCACCACCAGGGGUCUGGUGAAGAUGCAGUCCAUCAUGACUCAGCAUCUGGAGAUCGAUGACCUCCACGACCCCCUGCUGGCCAUUAACUUUGCCAGAUUGUUCCUGGAGCAGACUGAUUUUCACCAGUGCUUCUCUGCUGGUGAUGUCAUGGUGGACCGCUCGUCUCAGUCGGUCACGUGUCAGACGUUCGAGCUGACGCUGCGCUCCUGUCUCUACCCUCACAUCCAGAGGAGGUACAUCCAGUGCUGCGGGAACCUGAUGAAGACCCUGAAGAAGGACUACAGGUUGCUGGAGUACCUUCAGGCUAUGAGGAACUACUUCCUGCUGGAGGCUGGUGACACCAUGUACGACUUCUACACCGCCAUCUUUGACAAGGUGCGAGAGAAAGAGAACUGGCAGCAGUUGUCAUUUCUGAACGUGCAGCUGCAGGAGGCAGUGAGACAGCGCCACCCAGAGGACAGCAGCAGGUUGUCGGUGUUUCUGGAGAACGCUGACCCGUCCAGGAAAAAACACCCGGUGAACAACCUGGAGGUUCUGACCCUCAGCUAUAAGGUUCCGUGGCCCGUGGACAUAGUGAUCAGUACCGAGUGUCAGAAGAUCUACAACCAGGUCUUCCUGCUGCUGCUGCAGAUCAAAUGGGCCAAAUACAGUCUGGACACACUCCGCUUCAGUGAUCUUAGCAGUGGGGUGAAGGCAGAGGCAGCUGCGUCACAGGAAGUGAAGGAGCGCAGAGUGAGUCAGCAGAUUCACCGCAUGUGUUUACUGAGAGUCAAACUCAUGCACUUUGUCAACAGUCUGCACAACUACAUCAUGACCAGGAUCCUCCACAGCACUGGUCUGGAGUUCCAGCACCAGGUCCAGGAAGCCAAAGACUUGGAUCAGUUGAUCAAGAUCCAUUACAGAUACCUGGCCACGAUCCAUGACCGCUGUCUGCUUAGAGAGAAGGUGAGUUUCGUGAAGGAAGCCAUCAUGAAGGUCCUCAAUCUGGUACUGAUCUUCUCUGACCGCUGGAGAGCCGGCUUUGGAGCUUGGAAGAUGGAGUCCAUUGAUAAGAUGGAGUCCGACUUCAAAAACUGCCACAUGUUCCUGGUGACCAUCCUGAACAAGGCCGUGUGUCGAGGCUCCUUCCCUCACCUGGAAUCUCUGGCUCUGUCCCUGAUGGCUGGAUUUGAGCAGUACUGAGGCUCCGCCCCCUGGACCUGUGACGUCAUCAUCACCUCUGGAGACUGCAGUUGGUUUUUGGUUUAAAAAGCAGGAGUUGUAAAUAUGUUACUGUUGUGACGUCAUAGCCGUGUCAUUGUGAUGUCACUGCUGUGUCAAUAAAGUUCUUUUUCAACAUUUACU